AUUGACAUUCGAUGUCAUUAUAUAAUAGCUGUGUGGUUAUGUCAUUAGAUGAAUAAUCAUUACCAGAUGUGGACACACAGGACUAUCUGUCCUUGACAUAUUUUACGUUAACACAAGACUUGAAUGGCGGCUUUGCUGGAGAACCGUGCAACAGGGCGUAUGGUUUGAAAUAAGCUACAAACCUGUUAGAAGAACUUCAUAAAGAAGGACAUAUCUUGGAAACUGAAGAUACAUUUAACUACAGGAACGCCCUCACCAACCCAGUGCACACAUUCAGCAUCUGAGGACAAGAAAACUACUGAUAAAAAAGCGAAUGCACACACACAACUACACACACAAUAAGAAACACAAUGUCAACUGUUAGUCGCAAAGUGAGCAGUCCUCAGUGGAAGAAUUUCCAGCCGCCAGCAGUACAGGAUCCGGCCAUUGUAUCGUAUCAGCGGGGUCCAAACCUGAUCAACUCUGUGUUGUCAUCGUCACCAACAACUCAGAACAACAACCAGGUUGUCAGGGAGACCGGUCUUAUUGAGAAACUCCUGCACUCCUAUGGAUUUGUACAGUGCUGUGAUCGAGAGGCGAGAUUGUUUUUUCACUACAGUGAAUUUCAAGGAGAUGUUGAUACACUGAAGAUUGGAGAUGCAGUCGAGUUUCAGAUGUCGUAUGAUCGCCGUAGUGGACGUCCAGUUGCAUGUCAUAUGGUGAAAGUAGAUGCAAGUCUUGUUUCGUGUGAAGUAUUCAGUCAAGAACGAUACAUUGGCAGUGUAGUACAGGAGGCAAAACCAGCUAAGCCUAAAAAUGGUUCCACAGUAGGCUCAACAGAUGGCCUGGGACGUGUAACAUAUGAGCACAAUGGGGAAUGGUUUUUCCUACCGUAUGGAUUGGAUGAUAUAGUUGAUAGCACUGGAAGUACACAGAUCAAACCUGGCGAUCAAGUCACAUUCUUCAUUGCAACAGAUAAAAGGAACGGUAACUUGCAUGCUAGGAAGUUGGAACUUGUUGAACCGAAACUUAUGAAGUACCAGGGUGUUGUAUGUUCUAUGAAGGACUCGUUUGGUUUUAUUGAGCGUGCAGAUGUUGUUAAGGAGAUCUUCUUUCACUACAGUGAAUACAUGGGCAACAUUAAUGAACUGUUGCUAGGAGAUGAUAUAGAGUUUGAGAUACAGACCAGAAAUGGUAAGGAGGUGGCAGUGAACAUUAUACCAUUGCCUUCUGGAACUGUGAUAUUUGAAGAUAUCUCGAUAGAAACCAAGAAAGGAAAGAUUGUAAAAACAUUGAAGUCAAAUAAGAGAGCAAGUGAUCCACUGGGAGGCAGAAUUCAGUAUGAUACUCCAAAAGGACAUACAGACAUACCAUACGGGGACAAGGAUCAGGACGGGGAGUAUACACUGUUGCAGGGAGAUGUGGUAGAGUUCAGUAUCGCUACAGAUCGCCGAGAUAAACUACAGAGAGCUACCAGGAUUAAAUUGCUCAGUGAAACUUUCGACAAAACAACUGAGAGAAGAGAAACUGGAACAAUUGUAAGUCUGAAGGAGGGUUAUGGAUUUAUACAGUGUGCAGAGCGUGAUGCUCGAAUGUUUUUCCACUUUAGUGAGAUCCUAGACUCCAAAUCAGAGUCCAAAUGCCAGGAUGAAGUAGAAUUUACUGUAACCCAGGACCCCACGACCCCCAGCAGACAAGUAGCAUGUAGAAUUAGAGGCAUACCAAAGGGUUCUAUUGGUUCAGUUGUAGUGAAACCAGAGAAAUAUAUUGGUACAAUAGAGAAGGAACCUUGUAACACCAAAAGCCCAAACAAGAAUGGUAAGGAGGACACAGGCAGUAUUAUAUUUGACAUGGAUGGUGCUAUACACAAAAUUGUCUACUAUAUCAAGGAUGUUACUGAUCUAAGGAACAUACCUAGAUUUGGUGAUAAAGUGGAUUUCAACAUUGGAGAGCAGAGGAGACCUGGAGGUCCAGUACGUAUGGCUGUGAACGUACGAUUGGUGCUACGUAAUCUGACGGGUAGAUGUCAAGGAUUUAUAGCAACACUGAAGGACAACUAUGGCUUCAUUGAGAAUGUAGACCAUGACAAGGAAGUCUUUUUCCACUUUAGUGCUUUUGAGGGCUCUACUAAUGAUCUGGAACUAGGGGAUGAAGUGGAAUAUACCCUGACCAGGAAAAGUGCCAAACUUAGUGCUGAAAACAUCAAAAAACUCCCCACUGGAACUGUCCCAGUAAAUGAGGAGUUGGCAGAAGAUAUAGGGAUACUACAGGGCAAGAUUGUGAGACCUAUGAGGAUAGUUAACCCAGAACAGGAGGAAUACUGUGGCCUCAUUCAAGUUGGUGCUGACGAUGACCCAGACAAUCAGACAUACCAGUACAGUAUCACCAGCCUGGCUGAUAAACGCGAUUUCCUGCAGAAAGGAGAUGCAGUAAAGUUCCGAGUUGCUAUGAAUACCCUGUCACAGGAAAGGAGGGCCAUACAUGUCGCAGCUGUACGACAGUUCAUCAGAGCAAAAGUUGAGUCAGUGAAAGAUAAGUAUGGAUUCUUAACGUACGAGGCAGAAGAAGGGAAGAAGCUGUUUUUCCACAUGACAGAAGUGCAUGGAGGUAUUGAGGUUGCUCCCGGAGAUGAGGUGGAAUUUGUCGUCGUUCAGAAUCAACGUAAUGGAAAAUACUCGGCUUGCAGUUUGAGAAAAAUAACUGAGAAACGCAGGCCGGAGAGACUGUUGAGUCGUUUGAAGAGCAUGAAUGAAGAACUUGUGGGUCCGCGUGUUGUAGUUUCACGCCCGCCAAAAGGACCAGAUGGAACAAAAGGAUUCUCACAGCCCAGGUUACCAUGGACACCAACAGCUUGAUUACAGAUAUCCAAAACUUCAGAAGUUUUUAUACUGUGAUAACAAAAUCAAAGGGACAGUGAUGUUUGACUCCAUGUCUUUAUUACAUACAUGUAUAGCCUAUACAAUGAAACAUAUGGGUUGUUCUAAAUCAGAUUCACUAAAUUGUGAUAUACAAUCUUCCACUCAAAUAAGAGUUAGUUGCUGUAAAAGAAAAUCAUAAUUGUACAUUAUUUAUAUUGUAUGUACAUGUUCAAAUUAUUCUCAUGAAAAAGAAUAACAAUAUUCGUAAAUCUUUUCCUUUAAAGAGAAGGUUUAAGUCGGUAAUACUUCAGUUUUUACAGGAACUUCUCUUAAUAUAUUAACUUUUUGUUAUGCUGUGCAAUUCUAUAUUUAUUUAGUUUUUGAAACUUUCCUCGCAAAUCCUUAUGCCUAUUUUUGUACCUUACAUACAAAAUUGGGUCUUUGAUAUAGUAGGUUUAAAGCAGUAUGGCUGAUAUGGGACUUUUUUGUUGUUUACCAAAAUCCUAUUUUACAAAAUCAUAAUCUAGUCAUGACACUUGCCCUUUGUGAAAAUAAGGACUUUUCAGAAACUUUUAUACUCCACUAAGUUGUCUGCAAAAAUCAGGAAACAGUUUGCAAAAGUUGGGUUUUACCUUUUUAAGACAUAAAAACUUUUAAUAUCUUGGCAGGACUACCUGAGUCAUUUGUACAUAUGAAUGACCUAGGAACAGAAUCUCUGUUACUUUUGAUCUCGUAAUUUUUAGAAAAUUAUUAAUACAGUAUGUAACAAAAGCUUCCACAAAGUUUGUAUAAUAUAAUGCCACUUGCAUGUGAUAGCUGUGUUGUGUACCAGUCACAAUAUGCCAAGGAAGUUUGCCUUAUUUUAUAUAACUUACAAGUUUUCUCCUGCUUGUGCAAUAGUGAAAAGUUUGCACUUGUGACUAUUUUAUGAUUUAACAGUUGCCGCCUGUGUGUAAGCUUGUAAAAUUCUGUACUGCAGAGAGGGGGCAUAUUUUUGUGUAUAGUCCCAGACGUACAAAUAUUCUACAGGGAAUAAUGGGGAAAAAUUCACCUCCCUCUUUUUACCUUUUUUUUUUUUGUUCCAUACUUUUUAGCAUGUCUUUCAAAUACGUUUUCAUUACAAAGCAUUUAAUAUUAUUUGAACAAAUAUUCAUAUAUGAAUUCCGUGGAAAAGCAGAUCAUUCAGCCUGAAAUAGCUAUAGGAACUUAAUAGAGUCAUACCUACAUGUCAGUUGUGUUACUAUAAACAGUGUGUACAAACUGAAUAUUGUCGGUCGCAUUUUUAUGGGAUUGCAUGCAACUCUCAUAAUGAUGAUAAAUCUUACUAUCUUUAUGUUUUACUGACCAGUCUAUCUGGCAAUAACAUAACAAAACCAGUCCUUUUUUGUCGAGCCCGCUGGCGGUGAGCUCGAUAUAGUUGUCACAGUGGCGGUUCGGUGUAUGUGUUUGCAUCCGUCCCGAGUCUGUCCGGGCUGUAACUUAUCCAUGGAUCAAGGGAUUCUUAAAUAACUUGGCACAUAUAUUUGCCUCAAUGACACGGUGUGUCGCGUGCAAGAUUCAGAUUGGUAGCUUAAAGGUCAAGGACAUACUUUGAGGUCAAAUGUCAAAACUCGGUGUUGUUUUGCUUGUCCGGGCUGUAACACAGCCAUGGAUUGAGAGAUUCUUAAAUACUUUGGCACAAUGUUUGCCUCGGUAAGAUGACGUGUCAUGUGCAACAACCAGAUUGGUAGCUUAAAGAUCAAGGUCAUACUUAGAGAUCAAAGGUCAAAACUUGGUGCAGUUUUCCUUGUCCGGGCUGGAACUUGGCCAUGGAUUGAGGGUUUCUUAAAUAACUCGGCAGAAAUGUUAGCCGCAAUCAGUUCUGUUGCCGCCAAAUAGUAUCAUAAAUGUUAGUCCUUUUGACAGCUGGCGGGCUCGACAUGUUGCCCGUGGGCAUCUAGUUAUUGACAGCUGUAUAAGUAGUGAACAGACAUUAUAAAUUGUCGAUGAUUAUUCAGGCUUGCCAAAUGUUUAAAGAUACGUUUUAACUGAAGCUGACUAUUCAACAGUAAUUCGUAGAAAACAAAUCAGAGCAUUUCAUAUAAUAUCACAGGAUUAUUGGAAAAACAUUCACGAAUAUGUUGUAUUUAUUGUUAUUACUGAAAAAAAUCCAAAAAAAAAUCUGAAAAAUUAGAAAAUAAGUAAAAAAAGAGAAAAAAAGAACAGAAAAAAAUAAAUGAAAAAUUGUGAUAUGUGUGAUGAACAAGUACCGUAUGAGAGAUGGUAGAAUGUUUGGUGUAUGAAUGUUGUAUGAUAAACUCAUUUUAAAAUGGAUUGCUUUAAAAAGUCAGAUCUGAUUUUGUUGAAACAAAGAUUUAGCUUGCUAUAAUGUUCAACAAGUUUGGUAAGUACAAUGUUUACACGUGUCUACUUUUUCCAUUGAAAUAGAAUGUUUCAAUCUCAUGGCUUGCGAUAUUGUAAGAAACAGUUACGUUUUUAGUGCAGAUGUAAUUGUGUAUUAAGUACAAAGAUACCAGCCGUAGAAGAAUUUCAACAUCAACAGCAGCUUGUUUUUUCUGUUAUAUCUUAAGAUAGAUUGAGAGAUAAUUGAAUGAACAGGAUUUAUAAUUGUAUGUUAAAAGUUACCAGUAUGUACCAAGUAUUCAAAUUUUAAAACUAUACUGUUAUAUUGAAAACAAUUCUAUACUUAAUUUGUGAACAGUUUUAGAUGAAAUAUAUGUAAAGUCAACUAGUACUUUAACAUGCAACAAAAUAAAGUAAUAAACUAAGGCCAAACGUUA